UCAUUGCCGAGAGGAGAGAGGGGAAUAGUUGUGUUGAGGUUUUCACCAUCUCUGGCAUAGUUUUUUCUGUAAUAGGCUGUAUUCUUCUCAGUGGGAGGAAAGGGGUGGACACACUGUAGGAGGAAGCGUGUUUUCCUGGAAAUUAAGUUUCCUUAUUCUUUCUGGGCAAAAGCUUCUAUAACAGUAAAGAUCGCAGCACUGCUGAGUUGUUUAGGACACAGAUAUUGACUUCUAAGCCGAAUUCAACCCAGAAAUGGAAACAUCUCUCUGUCACCAAGGACUGAUCAUUGUAUUGCUGUAUUUUGUGACUUGCACAGCUUCUAGGAAUGAUGUUUCCUCUCCAGACAAUCUCACUUUUGGCUUAAAAGGGAUGUUUUCGUUAUUUUGGGAAUGGAAGCCUUUAAGCGCAAAUUGCUCAUAUUAUCACAAAGAGAUGAGAUCAUUAAAAAAUGGACAACAAAUGAGGGAGAAAGGAGGAUUACCACACGGGGAAUAUGAAAUAUUAAAACUGAAAUGGUUUGAUCCGAAUGAUAAACUAUCCCUUUACGUUGAAGCUGCGUGCAAAACCAUGACCGAAUCACUGAACAGGACUAUACAGCUGGCACCAGGUGAUAAAGGAACCGCUGUGAACAAUUUCCACUGUGUUUGGCAUUAUCAGGAACAUGUAAAGUGCACUUGGCAACCUGGCCCAAAUACACCACCCAACACAACUUACCGGAUCUUUUACUGGACAGAGGACACCUCAAAUGCAGACAGACUGUAUACACAGGCAGAGUUAUGGGACUUAUUUGAAACUGGAACGACCUGUGAGCUUUUUCCCACUAAUAAUUCAAAUACUGUUGGAUGCCAAUUCCUACUAAAUAGAAGCAUUAAAGAUCACGAUCAGAUUGCAAUGGUAGUUACAGACACAUCAAAAAGUAUAAAGCCCUAUAUAUACUAUACACAUGCUAAUCAUAUAGCAAAAUUUAAACCUCCAACAAUAAUUGAGGCAAACAGAACUUCACAUAAUAUAUAUGUGAGCUGGAAAAAAUCACAAGAUACUGAGAAGGUAGUAUAUGAAUUAUUGCUCACAUCAGCCAAUGGGCAUACAGAAUCAUAUAACAUGACUCCCAGCAGCAUGAUCCUUACUGUUCUGCCUGAUGUUACAUACACAAUAAAAGUACGGGUAAAGCUUUCACAUAUUGUGUUAUUUGAUAAUGCCAAUUUUAUCUGGAGCGACUGGAGUAAGGAAACAAUACUUCCAGGGAUGGAUGACAAAAGAUUAACAUCUAUAAUUGUACCUCUCAUCAUUUCAGCUGUAAUCAUUAUUGCAGCAGUUAUCUUACUUGUCUAUAUGGAAACACUGAAGGACUUUAUCUGCCCUCAAAUCCCAGAUCCAGCAAGAAUUUUUCCAAAAGAUUUUCAGCAAUGGUUAAAAAGCGAUGUAUAUAAUGUCUACAGUAAGCCAGAGAAAGAGGAAAUCUGCCCGGUAUUUCUGAUAGAAAGCCAACCGACCACAAAAUGUGUGUAGGACAUUGGUUCACUGACUUAAGCAACAUGGACUUAUGUUCUCCUCUGCACUUUAGUUCAUUAUUAUGAAGUCUGUAUCAGAUGUAAGGAUAUGUGACUCCUCACUAUCUCCGAAAGGAGAUUGAAGUCCUUUCUUGUAUCGGUGCUUGCCUAUGCACCAAGUAUUGUAAUCAUGUAUUACGGACUGUGAAGAAGAUCUGUUGAAUGCAUGAUUGUAAAACACUGGUAACCAAGACUAAACUUUACCUCUGUCAUCCAAAACAAACCAGAUCACAUUGGAGUCAUGUUUUGUGUUAUUAUCAUUGGGUAAGUCACUAGGUACCUCCUAUGCAGGUCUGACAAUCUGAUAUUCUUGCAUUUAGCCAGAAGAACUGGUGUCUCUGGCAGUGUCCAUAGACUGGUUUGAGCACCUUUGCUUUGGUGGUUUACUCAAAUGCCUAUGUUACAUGCUAUGGUUGCCCUAAAUACUUUCUUUGAUGAACUGUGUUCUUUUUUUUUUUUAUUGUUUUUAUUAAGGUAUUUUCAAUGUUGUUGAGAUACAAAACAGGGCCAUAAGGGCAUACCCCGGCCAAUCAUUGCACAUAGCAACGCGCACAAAAAGUAACAAUAUAAAAGAACAGACAUAACAGUUAACCUCACACCAUAACUCAUAGGCAUAACCAUAGGCAUGUCUAGCUAAACAUUACCUAAACACCUCUAGGGUUGCACAUAUCAGGAAUACAGAAGGAGCUAUUGCAUCUUGCAGAACCUCUUCCCAAUCCUCAGUAACUGAAUUGAAAGCUACAGGGGCCCUUGGGAGUAAGUAUGGUCCUCACAUUAUCUAUGCUUCACCUUACUAGAUCAGAAUAUGGGUCUCAACUCCAAGUGUCACAAGUGGUUAUGAACUGUGUUCUUGAAUGUCAUCCAAGUUUGCCCAAGCCAGUGGGCAGAUCUAACCCUCGCUGUAUAUUCAAGACCCGCCUUAGGGUCAUCUUCUAGCUUGGCAACCCUUGAGCUUUUCUAAAGGGAUCCAUACGUAAGUUUUUAUUGUACCAUAUAACCUUGGCUUUCGGCUGUACCCAUCCAGUGAAAUGUAGAGUACAGAGAAUAAUAUUAAAAAAAAAA